AAUUGUCAUGUCAAAUACUGGAAAACAACAUAAUGUAUAACCUAUAAACUUUUCUAUUUCUUAUUAGACCUAUUUUAAAAUGAUUAAACAAAAUGACUUGUAUUAUGUAUCAAACUAUUAACUAACUAAGAUAGUGUAGUCGAUCCCUGGAGGAUUAAAAAAUAUACCUCGUCGAAAUCCACGAAAAUGUUUAAAUUUGGGUUUGCUUCAGAAUGUCACGAUGCACAACAAAGUCUUGAUUUAAAAAAAGAGGAAAGCAGUGAAAUCAGUUUAGACUGGGUUCCAGCGAAUGAAGUUUUUUUGAAAAAUGCUAUUUCCAUCGACAUCCUCCAACCAAAUGACGUUGAGAAAUUUAAGAUUGGCUCAGAAGUAUUGUCAUGCAUUAAGGGAACUACAGUCUCCUCUGUAAUAAAUAGUACAAAGUUUGAUGUGGAAGAAAAUAUUUGUCUUGCUGAAAGAAAUCAUUCUGAUCUGAUUCCAUCAAAGUAUGAAGGUGGUCUAAAGCUGUGGGAAUGUACUCAUGAUGUAGCUGGACUAUUACAUCAGUCAGAAGUCUCGGGUAAGGUCGUACUAGACCUAGGGUGCGGCCUCGGUCUACUAGGCAUACUGGCCCUCAAGUUGGGUGCGGAGUCAGUUGUAUUUCAGGAUUAUAAUGCAGAUGUUCUCCGGUGUGUAACAAUCGCCAAUGUCCUACUGAAUGCAGACGACUCACAGCAGUCUCGGUGUAGUUUCUUUUGCGGUGAUUGGGCUUCGUUUGCAGACCUGUCACCUGUUUGCAACCUAAUCGUCACCUCAGAGACUAUCUACAAUCCUGCCAACUAUACAAAACUGCAUGAAACCAUCAAACGGUUACUGAAACCAGACGGAAUGGCUUUGAUUGGGGCCAAAUCAUACUACUUCGGAGUUGGUGGAAGUAUAAAGCAAUUUGAGAAACUAGUUAAAGAGAAGAACGUCUUUGAAGUUGAAACUGUUUGGAAGUGCUCACAAGGAGUCCAAAGGGAGAUACUGAAACUAACAUUUAAAAAUGGGAAGUCGUAGUCUUUGAAAAAAUAAUUUGAUAAAGAGACUCAGCUUUGCUAAUGGACCUGAAAACUGCAAGUGCUGUAAUUUUUAGAGUGCAAGUUCUUGCUAAAAAUGUUAAUUAUAGCAGAGUCCCACCAAUGCAAACUAAUCGGGACCAGACUCUGGAUAACCAAUCUGUUCAUUUUAGCUGGAAAUUUAAGAAAAAUUCAUAGCAUAACUAAGACUAUAUUUAAACGACUGUAAGUUGAAAUAAUAUUUCAAUAUAUUCAGUGGCGUAGGGACAGUGAAGUGAGUGGAGCAGUUGCUCCAGGGCGGCAAACACUAGGUGGCGGGAGAGGCGACAGGCUAGGAUUUUUUUUUACUAUGUUGUUGUCAAGCGUGGUAGGGGCGGAAGGAAGGUGAAUGGUAGUUUUAACUAUUGCCACAACGAGCGCUGAGUGCUGUGAUCUGUCAACAUAAUUAUUACAAGAUCACUGAUUAGUCAAAUAAGUGUAUACUGUAGUGAUUCGUGAGGUUAAGUUUAUUGUGCCCCGCGAGCCGGUAUUCGAGUUGUUGGCUUAUACCACUGUUGUUUAGUGCUAAUAAUGAACUAUGAAUUCGGUUAAAAAUAUGUCUACAAAGUUUGCGGGUGGUGAGGAGGUAAGUUUUGAACAGAGUUGAGUUAAAGCUGCUAGGCCGGCCAAACCCCGAUUUAGUUUGUACUGUUCAAUUAUGCCUUGUAUAAUGCCCGAACGGGCAUUAGCUUCUAACCAAGUGCUUAGACGUCACCAACAUCAAAAUGUCAUUUGUAAAUUUGCGUCCUUUGCUCAGUUCCUUCUGCUUACGUGCGUGUUUACGUGGUAAAGUUACCCUUUCUUGGGGAGAUUUCUAAGUAAGGAUAAGUUCCUUCCAAUGAACUUCAUUUAAAUUCAUGCUUUUGUUUUCAAACACCCUAAUCAAAUAGGUUAAAUAUAAUAAACGCAAUAAAAAUAUUAAUCUAUGUUUUACAAAUUAUUAUGUUCAAUUGUAUAAAAACGCUAGUUUACAGUUAUUAUUUUUUAAUCCCCCCCCCCCCCAUGGCGGGUAUACCAUAAAUCCCAGAUCCCCCAGUACAGGGGGGCGGUUUGGGCCAUCCUAGCUCCAGGGCGCUCCAAACCUGGAUACGCCACUGAAUAUAUUAUAUUGCUCCUACGAUCAAGACAACACCGUGAUUAUUUCUCGCUAUCAUGCUCUUACUACAUGAUGGCCUGAAUAGAGAACCUAUGGGACUCUAUUAACAAAUGGUAAUCAGUCUAUUGGGGAUUAUUCAAAUUUCCCAUAAAAAUCCUUUAUUUUUAAAUACUUCUUAGUUUGUUUUGUUUCUUAAAUUGUUAAGGCUAUGUAAUUCAGAUUCAACUCUUCUUGGUUUAGGGGGCACAAAAACAUAUCAUACAUGUUUAAGCCAUCAGUUUUAAGUUGUGUGGCCAUUUUCUGGUGUUCCUAGAAAUUUAAUUUGCUCUAGUAAGCCAGCCUAACUAGUAAGUCAAUAGAAUUUUCCAAAAAAUACAUCAGUUUGUAAUAUUUGAUGUAAAUAAUUAUUUAGUUUUAUAAAAAUUGUAUAGGACUUAAUAAAAGUUUGUUUUAUU